AUGGUUGCGCAGUCCUUAAGCUCGCUAUUGAAGCAAUCGUCGAUUGAAGAUCACGAUGCGGUUCUUCAAUCAUGCAAUGAGAUCCUCGCCAAGUCUAAAUCCGAUAUUACUGCCCAGCAUAUCAAGGUUAUCGCUCUACUUAAGCUUGAUCGAUUCGAUGAUGCUAUUCGAGUACUGGAGGCCGGAGGCGAUGCCCUGAAGAAGCAGGCAGGGUUGGAGUAUGGAUAUGCAUUGUACAAGGGUGGACGACUGGAGGAGGCUCUCGAAGCUGUCACAAAGGCCAGUGGUCGAGGCGCUGGCCAUCUCGAAGCACAAGUGAGCUACCGCAUCGAGAAAUUUCGCCGAGCAGCCGAAAUCUACGAUGAGUUAUCCAAAGACAAGGAAUCGUACGGAUAUGAGGAGAAUGAUCUAAGCAUCAACUCGUGGGCGACGGAUGCGCAGCUGCAGUGGAAGGGCGAGUCCGAAUAUGUGCGCCAUGACCGACCAUCUCGGGAGGACCUGGAGUCUUUCGAGACGGCUUACAAUGCUGCUUGUUUGAGUAUUGCCCAGGGAGCUUUUGCUCAAGGUGAAAUGCUUCUCAACCGCGCCAAAAAUAUCUGCCAAACGUCCGAUGAAUUAACACCUGAAGACCGAGUCGCCGAACUGCUCCCGAUCUUAGUACAAUACCUAUAUGUCUUAAUUCGGCAAGGCAAGAUGGAGCAGGCGGAGUCUCUUCUCGAGGACAUCUCUAUUGAAGACAUCUCUGAACUAUCCACCAAGAAGAUUGCUCGCAAUAACACUGUUCUUGCUCGUCAGACGACAGUCAACCCUUACGUUUUGUACAAGGCCCUCCAUGAGACCCCGGAUGCCAUAGACAAUGACAGGCUGUUUGCAUUUCAAGAAACUCUUCUUGUGGGCAAUUCUUAUGCAGCAGAUCUUCUUGUUCAGAAAUAUGAUGGCAUGAUCAGAUCAACAAACAAGGCACUUUCAAAAAGCGCCUGCCCUUCCACCGAGGGCAGCACCAACCUCUUUUCUGUGUAUAAUGCCGCUGCACACGCCCAAGGAGAGACUGGUAAGAAGGCUCUCAAGAAGAUUGCGCCCCUCCUGGAGAGACGUCCGAAGGACCUGGGAAUCCUCCUGACCGCAGUCCAACUUUACGUCAGCGUUGGCAACACUACCUCCGCAAUCACUGCCGUAGAGCGAACGCUGCAAAGCUUGGAAGAAUCGAUCUCCGAAGGCGACCAAGAUGCUCGAUUCAACCCUGGGCUUCUGAGCGUUCUUGUUUCUCUCUACCGACUAGAGGGUCGGAAUGUACAAAUACGUUCUGUUCUCUCUCAGGCCGCCUCCUACUGGAGCAAGAAAUCUGACGCACCAACAUCUCUUCUCCGUGCUGCCGGAAAGUCGUUACUUCACUCGGAUGAAAAGUCCGACCUGGUCAUGGCGGGUGACCUGUUUAAGUCACUGUACCAACAGGACAACAGCGACCGCGCUGUCAUCGCCGGCUAUGUUGCUGCGCAAGCUACGCUCGACUACUCGCAAGUUGAGUCUCAGCUUGAUAGUCUGCCUAAAGUGAGCGAGCUCGUCGCUGAUAUUGACAUCGCCGCCUUGGAGUCUACCGGAAUUACGCCGUCUGCUUCAGCAGCUGCCGCCGCCGCAGCUGCAUUUGCUGGGGCUCGCAAACGUUCUGCCACUGACAAGGAAGGUGCCAAAAAGCGCGUGCGGAAGUCUCGUCUACCCAAGGACUUUGAUCCUGAGAAGAAGCCGGACCCUGAACGCUGGCUCCCUGUGCGCGACCGAUCUUCUUACCGUCCUAAGGGCCGAAAGAAUAAGCAACGUGCUGCGGAUCGUACUCAGGGUGGUGUUGUCGCUAUCGAGAAGGCGGAAGAGACUACUGUGAUACAGCAGAAAUCUUCCGUUGGAGGUGCCCAAAAGAAGAAUAAGAAGAAGGGCAAGCGAUAA